UUCUGGAUGGAAGAUGCAAAGUGUUGAGUGGAUAAAUUUCCGUACAGACUGGAGGCUAAGCAGAGAACGACAGAAGAAUAAGUUUACUUAAGAAGCAUCAGCGAAGGAAGAUUUCCUCCUCGGUGAAAGCCAACCCAAGCAGUGAAAAUGAUGAUGAGGCAGAUCUUACACGUGAACAAGGUGAUGUCCAUCUUGUUUUAUGUGAUAUUCCUUGCUUAUCUCCGUGGCAUCCAGUCUACCAACAUGGACCAAAGGAGUUUACCAGAAGAUUCAAUAAAUUCUCUCAUCAUAAAACUCAUUCAAGCAGACAUCUUAAGAAAUAAGAUCUCCAAGCAAAUCACAGAUAUUAAGGAUAGCGUUCAAGACACAAUGAAGAAAACAGAGACUGAUGAGCCUGAUAUGGAUAGCAAUGAAAGUGUGAAACUGGAUUUCCAGCCGGUUAUCUCAAUGGAUACAGAACUACUAAAACAUCAGAAACGCUACAGCUCCCCCAGGGUCCUCCUGAGUGACAAUACCCCAUUGGAACCCCCACCAUUAUACAUCACGGAGGAUUACAUUGGCAGUUCUGUGGCGGCAAACCAAACGUCUCGGCAGAAGAGGUUUGCCGAAAACAAGAGUCACCGUGGGGAGUAUUCCGUGUGUGACAGUGAGAGCCGAUGGGUCACAGACAAAUCUUCUGCUAUUGACAUUAGAGGACACCAGGUUACUGUGCUGGGAGAAAUCAGAACAGGGCCUUCCCCAGUCAAACAAUAUUUUUAUGAAACAAAGUGUAAACAAGCCAAGCCUGCCAAAAGCGGCUGCCGUGGUAUAGAUGAUAAGCACUGGAACUCCCAGUGCAAAACAUCCCAAACAUUUGUACGAGCAUUGACUUCAGAAAACAAUAAACUUGUAGCCUGGCGAUGGAUAAGAAUAGACACUUCUUGUGUGUGUGCAUUAUCCAGAAAAAUUGGACGAACAUAGGUCUCUGCCUCUCCGUCGUAUAAAUUAUUAUGUCUAAAUUAUAUGAUAUGCAUGUAGCAUAUAAAUGUUUAUAUUGUUUUAUAUA